AUGAAGAACAAAGAAGAGUCCGCAGCUUCAAUUCAAGCCUUGAGUGAUUGUCUUCUAAGGCUCUUCAAGUAUGACUACGUGGAGGGCAAAAUAUGCUGUUCACUUUGCGGGAGAGUUCUUGAUGAGGACAACUUCUCAAAUGAGCCCACAUUUGUUAAAAACGCAGGGGGACAGAGUCAAUUGGCAGGAAAUUAUGUGAAGACCAUCCAAAGUGAUUAUUCACUUUCUCGUGAAAGGAUACUGAACGAAGCGUAUGAUGGGAUACAGAGUUUGAUAUACGCCCUGGGAAUAGAUGGCGGUGAUUCUAUAGCUCGGCCAGCUUUGGCCUUUUAUAAGAUAGCAGUUGAACGCAAUUUCACAAGGGGGCGAAGAAAAGAGCAAGUGGAGGCUGCUUGUCUGUACAUUGCAUGUAGGGAGAAUAAAAAGCCAUACCUUCUUAUUGAUUUUUCGGAACAUCUGAGGAUAAAUGUUUAUGUGCUAGGUGCAGUAUUUUUGCAGCUUUGCAAACUUUUAAGCCUCGAAGAGCAUCCAGUUGUUCAAAAACCUGUCGAUCCUAGCCUUUUCAUUCAUAGAUUUACUGAUCGUCUUUUUGGUGGAAGAAAACCAAAUGUUUCAAAAACUGCACUUCACAUUGUUGCUAGCAUGAAGCGAGAUUGGAUGCAGACUGGGAGAAAACCUAGUGGGUUAUGUGGAGCUGCAUUAUACAUAUCGGCUCUCUCACAUGGUCUCAAGUGUUCUAAGUCAGGCAUUAUUAAGGUUGUGCAUAUUUGUGAAGCAACAUUGACCAAGCGGUUGAUUGAAUUUGAGAAUACCGAAUCAGGAGGUUUGACGAUCGAGGAGUUCAACCUGAAAGCUGAGGAGCUUCAAAAAGAGGAAGGGUUUACCAAAGCACAGUAUAGUGGGUCAAACACAUCAGGGGCAACUGAAUUGCUCUGUGAACACAAGGGCAGUGGGAAACCUCCAUUUGCUCAUGGUCUUUGUGAAAGUUGCUACAGCGAGUUCAUAAAACUUUCUGGAGGCCUUGAUGGUGGAUCAGACCCUCCAUCUUUCCAAUGUGCAGAGAGGAAAAGAAUUAUGGCAAUGGAAGCUGCUGCUGAUAGCACUGAGAAUCCAAGUUGCCCCACAUCGCCUAGCCCAACAGAAAACAAGAGUAAAUGUUCAAAUUUUAACGAAGAAGGUGACAUCAAGCGUAGGAGUGAAGAUGAAAAUUUGCAAUCUGUGGAGUCUGAAUCAAUAGGUGCUGCUGCACGCCAUAAAAUCGAAGAUUCUGCUAAUGAUAAAAUACAUGGAGCUGAUACAGCUGCUGAAGAAUGGGAGAGCUUAUCUGACAUUGAUGAUUUAGAGGUUGACGGAUACCUUCACAAUGAGGAGGAGAAGCGCUACAAGAAGAUUAUUUGGGAGGAAAUGAACAAGGAAUAUCUUGUGGAACAGGCAGCAAAAGAAGCAGCCGCUUCAGCUACAAAGAAAGCUUAUGAGGCCAAAUUCCAGAACUGUUCAGAGGAUGCACAGAAGCUUGCAGCUGCUGCUGCGGCAGCUGUGGCGAAGUCAAAGAAGGAAAGGCAACAGAAGCGAGCUGCAGAAUUAAAAAAUACAGUUCCUGCUCAAACUGCUGCCGAAGCCACAAGACAAAUGCUAACUAAAAAGAGGCUGAGUUCUAAAAUCAACUACGAUGUACUGGACAAACUUUUUGAUGAAUCUGGAAUUUCCAAGGACCCCAAAAAAUUUCGAACUGAUCCAGACUCUUACAACAAUGACACGUCUGCACAACAUAGAGAAAGAGAUCUCGAACACGAGGACAAUUACAGAGAAGAGGAGACUCUUACAGAAGCAUACGAUCAAGACAACUACGAUGAGAAUGCAGUACAUGAUUACAACGACGAUUAUGAUUAUGAUGACUUGUGA